CUGAGCCCAUAGUUGUACAGCGACGUUGCCCUAACAAAUUUUCUUUCCCUCCCAUUUACUGAAAGUCGGUGAGCCUAAUUGAGGAGGCAUGGGGAGCUACAGAAGCGCUGUCGUAACUGCGAGCAGCAAUGGGGAAAGUGGCGGCGUUCCAACUGUGGACAAGGGAGUCGAUUUCGCUAAUUAUUUCUGCACCUAUGCUUUUCUCUACCAUCAAAAAGAGAUGCUCUCUGAUCGAGUCCGCAUGGACGCUUACUUCAACGCCAUAUUUGAGAACAAGCAUCACUUUCAAGGAAAAACCGUGUUGGAUGUAGGAACUGGAAGUGGUAUUCUUGCAAUUUGGUCGGCACAAGCAGGCGCAAAGAAGGUGUAUGCUGUGGAAGCUACGAAGAUGGUUGAACAUGCCCGCACACUUGUCAAAGCUAAUAAUCUUGAUCAUUUGGUUGAAGUGAUAGAGGGGUCUAUAGAGGAUGUUAACUUACCAGAGAAAGUUGAUGUAAUUAUCUCGGAGUGGAUGGGCUACUUUCUUCUUCGGGAGUCUAUGUUUGAUUCGGUGAUUUGUGCUCGUGAUCGCUGGUUGAAGCCAACUGGAGUCAUGUAUCCUAGUCAUGCUCGCAUGUGGAUGGCACCAAUUAGGUCCGGUUUGGGAGACCAGAAAAGGAAUGAUUAUGAAGGAUCAAUGGACGAUUGGUAUAGUUUUGUCCAUGACACUAAGACUUCCUAUGGUGUUGAUAUGAAUGUUUUAACAAAGCCUUUCUCUGAAGAGCAGAAGAAAUACUAUUUACAGACAUCAUUGUGGAGCAACCUUCAUCCAAAUCAAGUUAUAGGGACAUCAGCUAUUGUGAAGGAGAUUGAUUGUUCUACUGCUACGGUGAAUGAUAUCAUCGAAGUCAGAACAAACCUUUUAUCAUCAAUCAUUGGAGAGAGGACAAGGCUUUGUGGAUUUGCUGGAUGGUUUGAUGUCCAUUUUAGAGGAAGCAAGGUAGAUCCUGCUCAGAAAGAGAUCAAGUUGACAACUGCACCUAGUAUAGAUGAUGGCACACAUUGGGGCCAGCAGGUUUUCCUUCUUCAUCCUCCUAUACAUGUUAGUGAAGCGGAUGAUCUGAAUAUUUCCUUCUCAAUGAACCGGUCCAAGGAAAAUCAUCGAUUGAUGGAGAUUGAUCUUGGUUGUGACAUUAGACACUCUUCUGGCAAUAUUCUUCCACCAUUCAGCAACAAGUUCUAUAUAGAGUGAGGAGAGAAACAGGUCACAUAGUUUGGAAACUUCAACAUUGGCUAAGUGUAUGAUUGGAAGACAACUUCAGACAUGUAUGUUUUGGUAAUGAUCACAUUCUUGUAUACUUAUGUAUCAAAAAAUCCCAUAAAUGGGCAUUUUGGCGAUUUUUCUUUUUGGCACUCCGAUGUCGAAAUCGAUAUGUUGUGUUUUAAAUGAAAAUUUUUGUGAACA